AAGUAGUUUCAAUGAACCGGAAGUAAUAUGUUUGACAGGCUCGAGUAAUGCCGUACUAAUGAUCUCUGACUGGAUUAUCUUUUCAUGUUUAAUUGUUUUCUGUUAGGAUUCAUGCAUACGUUUGCAGACCGGUUAUAAGCUGUAGUACACAACUGUGAUAUGGCUGAAUACAGUUUAGACAAGAGCGCAUAAAAAAACCCCAAGACCCGCGUACGCCCAUGUUAUGGGAAAGAAAACGAGAUCGAGCUGGUGGAGUAUCAGUAAUGUCAGACUGAAGCGCGGCUUUUGAAGCUGAGCUAUUACAAAUAACGAAGUCCUCCUAGGUGUAGGCAUGCCUGGGAAGCUGAAGGCCAAAAUUGUGGCAGGGCGCCACUUACCUGUCAUGGACAGGGCCAGCGAUCUGACGGAUGCUUUUGUUGAGGUGAAAUUUGGGAAUACAACUUUCAAAACUGACGUGUGCCCCAAGUCCCUGAACCCCCAGUGGAACUCUGAGUGGUUUAAAUUUGAGGUGGACGAUGAGGAUUUGCAGGACGAGCCAUUGCAGAUUACUGUGUUGGACCAUGACACCUACAGUGCCAAUGAUGCUAUAGGCAAGGUCUAUAUUGACAUAGAUCCCCUCUUAUCAUGUGAAGCUGCUACAGUCAUCUCUGGCUGGUUUCCCAUCUAUGACACAAUUCAUGGUAUUCGUGGGGAAAUCAAUGUUCUUGUGAAGGUGGACCUCUUCAACGAUUUAAAUCGCUUCAGACAAUCUUCCUGUGGAGUUAAAUUCUUUUGCACUACAUCCAUCCCGAAGUGUUACCGGGUGGUGAUGGUGCAUGGGUUUGUGGAGGAGCUGGUGGUGAACGAAGACCCAGAGUACCAGUGGAUCGACCGCAUUCGGACCCCUCGGGCGUCCAACGAAGCUCGCCAGAGGCUCAUCUCACUGAUGUCUGGCGAGCUCCAGCGGAAGAUUGGCCUGAAAGUGCUGGAGAUGGGAGGCAACGCGGUGCUGGGCUACCUGCAGUGCUUUGACCUGGAGGGGGAGUCUGGCCUGGUUGUGCGAGCCAUCGGGACGGCCUGCACACUGGAUAAACUAAGUAGCCUCCCUACAGCUGUCCUACCUGCAUGCAAUUCCCCAUCCAGAGAAAUGAAAGAGCCUCCCUUCAGUGAAGACCCCAACCCCAAUAUUCAUUCAUCCGGACCCUCCACCCCACUGAAAAACCAAACCUAUUCCUUUUCACCCUCCAAGUCCUACAGCCGACAAUCUUCCUCUUCUGACACAGAUUUGAGUUUGACACCUAAAACUGCAGCGGGGGCAGCAUCAUGGCGUGUGGGGCCCAGGGUCUCCCUGUGUCCUAGCUUCCCCGCCCUCUCUUCCGAGCCCCUGUCCAUACCAAACACUUUCUACCUCCCCCUGAGGCCCCGGGCCGGCCACGGCUCCGCGACUCCUCCGCCUCCUCCUCCGCCUGUCUCGGCCCAGUCAAACUCCACCAUGCUGAGAAAAAGCGUGUCCUUCAGUGAGGACUUGCUACUGGCGGCCUUCGGAAUGGGCAGCGGGGGCAGUGCUGGGAAGGACGGCGGCCCGCUGAAAACCCUGCUGAGGCAGCAGACGCAGUCGGCGCUGGAGCAGCGGGAGUUCCCGUUUUUCACCCUCACCUGCUUCCCUCCUGGCUUCCUGAUCCACGUUGGGGGUGUGGUCAGCGCACGGUCAGUCAAGCUUCUGGAUCGUAUCCACAACCCCGCCUUGGGUAACACAAGAUCAUACAAACUGCUAGACUGGAAUAGUUUCACUGCAGACGAGCCAGAGACCCGAGACGCCUGGUGGGAGGAGAUUCGGCAGGAGAUCAAGUCUCACGCCAAAGCGCUGGGCUGCCACGCCGUGGUGGGCUACAGCGAAUCCACCAGCAUCUGCGAGGAGGUGUGCAUCCUGUCCGCGUCGGGCACCGCAGCGAUCCUCAACCCCAAGUUCAUGCAGGAGGGCUGCCUGGACAGCUACAGCGAACACAGCAGGUUGGAGGAUCCGGCGCCCCCUAGCUGUGGCUUCUGUCACAUUCCCUACGACGAGCUCAACAUGCCCUUCCCAGCUCACCUCACGUACUGCUACAACUGUCGCCGGCAGAAGGUGCCGGAUGUGCUCUUCACCACCAUAGACCUGCCGGUGGAGGCGACGGUGAUGGGCAAGGGCAGCCUCAUCCAGGCCAGGCUGUGCCGGCUGAAGAAGAAGGCCCAGGGAGAGGUGAACGCCACGGCCAUCAGCAACCUGCUGCCCUUCAUGGAGUAUGAGCUGCACACCCAGCUGAUGAACAAGCUGAAGCUGCGUAGCAUGAACGCCCUGUUCGGGCUGCGCGUGCAGAUCAGCGUGGGCGAGAACAUGCUGGUGGGGCUGGCGUCUGCCACAGGGGUAUACCUGAUGGCCCUGCCCGCUCCGGGGGGCAUCCAGAUCGCAGGAAAGACGCCCAGCGACAUCACCUACGAGCAGCAUAUCUCCAACAUGCAGAAGAAGAUCAACGACACCAUCUCCAAAAACAAGGACCUCUAUGAGGUCCACCCGCAGGAGAUCAUCGAGGAGGUGAUUGGGUCGCCUAUUCCAGAGUCCCGGCAGCGUUCCCGACUUUUCCGGUCACACUCGGAAAGCUCGGAUGAGGUGUCGGAGCUUGACUUGUCACACGGAAAGAAGGAUGCCUUUGUCCUUGAAAUUGACGACACAGACGCCGUGGAGGACAUCCACUCCCUCCUCACUGAUGCGCCUAUGCCAUCAGGCUUUUAUAGCUGUAAUACGGAGAUUAUGCCUGGGAUUUACAACUGGACAUCAAGUUUACAGAUGUUCACUUCGGUACGCGUAUUCCGGCUCAACAACGUUAACCUGACCAACCAAGGACUUAACAAGAUUUUUAAUGACCUCUGUGAGAAUCUGCUCAAGAGUCUGUACUUCAAGCUGCGCUCCAUGGUUCCCUGCUGCCUUUGCCAUUUGAACUUCGCUGUGGCCGUACCAGAGGAGGAGCUCAUUCAGGUGGCCGUCACUGCUGUUGCCAUGACUUUUGACAAGGAGCAGGCUCAAGAAAACUUCAAAGCAAAUAUGGAGAAGGCAAUCAUGAAAGUGAUAUCAGAGAAUGAGGAACAGCUUCAGUUCCCACUGGAGCUGUGCACAGAGACUCCAGCUCCACAGCCCUUCUCCCCCAGCAAAGGCACAGGGCACCAAGAUGGCGGCGGCAUCCACACCUCUGCCAGAGCCACCUCAGUUGAUUACAGUUCCUUUGCAGACAGAUGCAGCACCUGGAUAGAGCUCAUUAAACUGAAAGCUCAGGCCAUAAGACGUGGAUCAAUUAAGACAACAGCCUCCCAGGAGAAAGGCAGCCCACUACCAGAGGGGCGUUCACGGUCCCUACGCUGUAUGCGCCCAUUCCCCAGCAGCACGGUCUCUGUGGUCAAAAUGACCCCGCUUUCCUUCCUCCCGGGCACUCGAAUCAUCAAGUACCUGGGCAUCAUCAACAUGUUCUUCAUCCGGGAAACCACGUCACUGCGGGAGGAAGGGGGGGUCAGUGGCUUCCUGCACUGUUUCAUCGCUGAGGUGUUUGCCAUGGUGCGGGCUCAUGUAGCGGCCCUGGGGGGGAAUGCCGUGGUGUCCUACAGCAUGAAGGAGUGCGUCUUCAUGGAGAACCCCAACAAGAACCAGGCUCAGUGCCUUAUCAACGUGAGCGGCGACGCUGUCAUCUUUGUGCGGGAGUCGGAGGCGGAGGCCACAGCUGCUGCUCCUCAGACAUCUAGCAUGCAGAAUUUGAGCGGCGCUGCUGAAGCCAAUGCCUAGAGAGAACACACACAUACGCGCACAAGCGCUAUCCAAGCCAACUCUGGACUGGUGGCUGUCUUUGACCUUCAGGACAAGUGCUCAAAGGGCAAUGCCUCUCCAUAAUCACCAUUAAUUUAAUACUGAGGGAAAAAAGGACCACAGAGUCUGUGACACUGAGCUGGCCAGGUGGAUUCUGUGAAAGCUGUGUGGAAAUUCAAUUUAUUUAUUGAUUUUUUUUAAUUAAAUCAGGAUCAUACCGGGUGUCCAAAUGUUUGUGUCUCGUGGUCUGGGCUUCCACAGGUCAGAGACCUCAAUAAAUUGUCCACGCUUUCGUAGAAUUCCCAUCCGGCCGCUGAGUGCCGUGUCGGGCACCUGAGAGGACGCCCGUGCCAAGUCCGUAAGCGGCCCCCAUAGACGUUCCAUGCCUUUACGCAAAGCAGAGGCAGCUGUAUGUCAUUUUCCGGGAUGAAGGCCUCCCCAACGUAGCUAUUAGGGAUGCGUGGUCAGAGAGGUGCGGUGGGUACUCUGUGCCACUUGCACUCGACUCUUUUAUAUAUAUAUUUUCAGUGCACUUUUUAAAGUAGGAUCUCUUGAAGACAUGAAGUGUUUUUUCUUCUGUCAAACAUCCUUGCUUGAGAAGCUCAUACUAAAUAAAUGUAAUGAAACUCGUGUCGCAAAGUGCACUGCUGUUCUCAUGGUUAAGGCGGCCGCAGAAUUUUAUUUCAUUUUUAGUUGUGUACUACUGAAUUUUUGAUAUUUUUUUAAUUCUGUCUAAUGCUGGAAAAUGCAGUCUUUUUUUAGUAUAGGUGCCACAAGCAACCUUUUUAUUUGUGUAAAUGUGUAUUAAAUCAGAUGGGUAUUUUUGUAAAAAAAAAAAAGGAAAAUAAUAAAGUGAGCGAUUAGUAAAUUGUGUUUAGUUGCAUGAGCCAUUUGAACCGUUGGGAGUAAGUCUGUAGCCUGUAAUCCUAGUGAAUAGUGCAGAACAGGCAGGUUCAAUCAGUGUAAGACUUGAAUGUACAGAAGGGGGCGCUGUUGCUUUCUUCUAAUUAGCAACACGGUAGCCUUUUCAAUGGACAUGUUCCCUGUUAUUUGGCCCAGUCGUUCUUAAUCUUGCACAAUAAAGUUCUAUUUAAAAGGUGA